AUGGUUGAUGAGGAAACGAAGGCCGUCUCUAUUGAGCUGAGGGAGAAAGAAGGCUUGGAGAACAAUGGCUUUGUUCAAAGUGACGACACGGAUGAAAGGGAGGCUGAGAAUGCUAGCCAAGAAAAGUUGCCAAAACCAUGCCUGCUUGGUGUUGAACCAGGAGAAAUGCAAGAAUUGUCCGUGCAGCCAUAUGCUGGCAUGCCCAAGGAAGUCCUCCUUCAGUUCUCAACUCAGGCACGCUACAGAAUUACCAGAGAGAUCCUUUUUUGGUUGAUCAUUGCAUCUUCACUGGUCCUCGUCGCAGCUACAGUUGCCAUCAUUGCCAUGUCCCCAAAGUGCCUGGGCUGGUGGCAAGCCAGUCCCAUUUACCAGAUCUACCCUCGGUCAUAUAAGGACACAGACAAAGAUGGUAAUGGAGACCUUAAAGGUAUCCAAGAGAAGCUGGAUCAUAUCCAAUAUCUAAAUGUCAAAACAAUUUGGAUCACAUCUUUGUACAAAUCUGCUUUAAAAGACAUUGGGUAUGGAAUAGAAGAUUUUCAAGAUGUAGACCCUAUGUUUGGAACGAUGAAGGAUUUUGAAAACUUGGUUGCAGCAAUCCAUGAUAAAGGUUUAAAAGUGAUAAUGGAUCUAAUACCCAACCAUACUGGCGACAAGCACAAGUGGUUUCCGCUUAGCCGCAAUCGGACUGGAAAGUACACAGAUUAUUACAUCUGGCAUGACUGUGCACACAUCAAUGGGAGAACCACACCACCUAAUAACUGGGUGAGUGUAUUUGGGAAUUCCAGCUGGCAGUAUGACGAUGUUCGAAAACAAUGUUAUUUCCAUCAGUUUGGAAAAGAGCAGCCCGAUCUGAAUUUUCGGAACCCAAAUGUUCAAGAAGAAAUUCAUGACGUGAUCAAGUUUUGGCUUGGCAAGGGCAUUGAUGGAUUCAGUAUUAAUGAUGCUAAAUUCCUUCUGGAAGCAACACACCUGAGAGAUGAACCUCAAGUGAAUAAAUCUCAAAAUCCAGACAGCAUUUCUGCCUAUUCUGAAUUGUAUCACGACUAUACCACCACCCAGGUUGGCAUGCAUGAUAUAGUCCGUAGUUUUCGACACACCAUGGAUAAAUUCAGCAGUGAGCCUGGUAGAUACAGAUUUAUGGGCACAGGAGCCAAUGAUAAAGAGAGUAUUGAAGGAACUAUGAUGUAUUAUGGGACACCUUUUAUUCAAGAAGCAGAUUUCCCUUUUAACCUGUUGCUCAUGAACAUAACAGAAGUCUCUGGAAGUAACAUUUUUGAAAUGGUAGCUGCAUGGAUGAAGAAUAUGCCACAAGGGAAAUGGCCAAAUUGGGUGGUUGGAGAUCCUAACAAUGUUCGCAUCGCCUCUCGGAUUGGAAAGGAAUACAUAAAUGUCAUGAAUAUGCUUCUUUUAACCCUUCCUGGAACACCCACUACAUAUUAUGGUGAAGAGAUAGGAAUGGAAGAUUCCCCAUCACAAACUGCAACCUUUUCAGAAAAGUCACCCAUGCAAUGGGACAGUAGUCCUCAUGCUGGCUUUACUGAGGGCAACUCAAGCUGGAUCCCUGUAAACUCUGACUAUCCAAAUAUAAAUGUGGAUGCUCAAAGGACUGAAUGGAAUUCUACACUCAAAAUGUAUCGAGAGCUCAGUUCCCUUCGUGCCAAUGAGCUUCCCAUUCAGAGGGGAUGGAUGUGCUAUAUUUGGAAUGACAGCAAUAUCUUUGUGUAUGUGAGAGAACUGGAUGGCUUGGAUCAAGUGUUUAUGAUGGUCUUGAAUUUUGGAAUGGAAACCACGACAGAUCUCCAGGCUUUGGAUCUUGACCUUCCCUCAGAUAUUAUUAUAAAGCUAAGCACAAACUUUAGCAAUAGUGGAACAGUUGUAAAUACAAAAGCAAUCAACACUGAAAAGGGUGAAGGACUCAUCUUGGAAUACAGGACAAGCAAGCCAGUUCACAAAAUGGAAACUUUCAAGGAGAACUGUUUUGUUGCAGAAAAGGCAUGUUAUUCUAGUACCUUCAAUUUACUUUACAUGUACUGCUAA